AUGGGUCUUUUCAAAAAGAAAAAGGGUGUCAAUCCCGAUAUGUACAAGGCUCCAGAGGAAGGCAGCUCAGCCGCCAGUACUGGAACUCCUGCCCCUUCUUAUACCUCUAAUGGCUAUUCAGGUAAUUCAUACCCUAACGCGUACAGUACAGGCAGUGGAUAUGAAACUAGUAUGCCAAAGGGUGGUUAUAAUAUGCAGUCAAUUCGCAAUGAUCCGUAUGCCCGAAAAGACAUGCCUCCAAUGCGAUCCGGAGCUGCUGUAGCUUCUUCGGCUCCUUCCACACCUUCCGGUUAUGAACGGCCAAGCUAUCAACGUUCUCCAGCAAGUCAAACAACUUUGGACUUGAAAAAGCAAGAAUUAUUUCAAGGUGCACGUCGCAUACAAGAAAAUUCAGAAAACUAUUUGAAUGAAGAUGGGGACGAAGCUGACAUGGCCGAAUCAUAUAAUGCGACUGCAGAGGAAGACGAGGACGUUGAGGCUAUAAAGCAAAAAAUUCAAUUUGUCAAGCAAGACAGUUUAUCAAGCACAAGGAAUGCCUUGCAAAUGGCAAACAAUGCUGAACAAGCAGGGAUGGCCACACUUCAAAACUUGGGGCAACAAACAGAAAAAGUUGCAAGCGCCGAAAAAGAGCUGGACGUUGCUAAGAUUCAUGCAAAGCGAGCAGAAGAGCAGGCUAGGGAACUGAAAACCUUAAAUAGAAGCAUGUUUGCUAUUCACAUUGGGAAACCAUGGGGUAAAGGGAAGCGUGUAGCUGCCGAGGAGGCACGGCUUACUGCUAAGCGUGAAGCUGAACGUCAAGAUGAACUUUUGAAUAGACAGUUUGCAUUUCAGUCUCAGCGCCGUAUUGGUGAGACUAUGAAGAAAAAUCAGAAGGAAUCAGUUAAACCUAAUGAUAAGAAAGGAGUUUCCAUUAUCGAGCGCUCGCGUUAUCAGUUUGAGCCCGAUGCAGAAGAUGACAUGAACGAGAAAGAAAUAGAUAAAAACUUAGACCAGCUUGAUGGUGUUGUUGGCCGUUUGAAGGGUUUAGCAUAUGCUACUGGACAAGAAGUUGAAUCCCAAAACACUCGACUCGGCAAAGUUCACGAUAAAAGUGAUCGUCUGGAUACCGACGUAUAUCUCAAUGUUGAACGUCUUCGUAACAUCCAUUAA